GUCUAGGAUAAGACGUUUAUGUAAAAUAAUCCCCAUCUGUUUUUGUCUAAAUUAUAUAAGGAAAAUUAAUUACAAAUCAUAUUUCCGUUCAUUCAGUGAAGCGCCCCUUUAACCGAGUCACGCGCCCCGAUCUGGAGCCGUUAGUCGGAGGACAACUUCGUCCUCGUGCUGAACGAAAAACCUUAGCUAGUGUUUUAUGUCCACUUUUUAGCAAAAUGGCCGACAUUUUAUCGUUAAAAGAGUCCGUUCUGAUUUAUUUAGACAGAAGCGGAGGUCUUCGGCAGCUUGCGGAGGACUGCAGGCCUCUGAACGACCCCCGGCAGACCGAGGCCGUCUACAGGUUCAGGGUUCUCGUUAAUCCCGCAGAUUUACUAGAGGUGGAUGCUGGACUAGGGGACUAUGUUCUCCAUGACCCCCGCAGAGCGACUGCGCUGUUUCAGUCAGUGUGUUUCUUGGCUAUAAAGACGCUUUCACUUACUGACAAAAUACACACAGCCAGCCAGGUGAACGUGUCCCUGAAUCUCACACACCUCCCUCCUUUUCCCGAGUACACGAUGGACCUCAGCAGUUUUCACCGAGUGCACGGCCCGAUGAGGCCCGUCUCCAUGGAAGGGGCAGUCAUUGCCCUCACGAGGGUCACCAAGUACACCCAGGGGGCGAGGUUCCUGUGCACCGAUGACGGCUGCCCCGGCUCUACAGGCUUCCACCACAUCCGAGUCCACGCACCUGGAGCCACCGAGUCCGCCACGGUGAGAAACGACUUCAGCUGCACCAUCUGCAGCUCCCAGCUUAAGGAGGACGUGAAGUUUCGAGUUCUAGGAGACAAGCAGCUGGUGGAGCUGAUCCACGCAGACGCGCUGGACGGUCUUAGAGGCCACCAGCAGAGUCCGUUCAGAUACCAAUCUGUCACGCUGUUUCUGAGAGAUGAGCUGUGCCACUCGAUGGCAAUUGGUCGACGCUACAGGGUGGUGGGCAUUCCUGCGCUUGUGCAUCAGUGGCCAAGCCUGACCUGGAGCGUGGAGGCAAACCGCGUCCAACCGUGGGAGCUGCAGUGCCGCCAUGAACUCCCUUCCAGAUUCCUGGAGCUGUUGGGUUGCCUGGCCUCUUCUCCCUGGAGGUUCCCUGCCGUCGUAGCUCACUGCUUUGGGUCGGGCCUGAGCCCUCCCGGCCUCUACAACACACUCAAACUGUGCCUGCUGCUGAGCUCCGUGCAGAGCAGGACAGACGCAAACGACGCCUUUCACAACCUGGAUCUCCUCGUGGUCACGGCUGAUACGCUCGUAUUAGACAGGCUGAUGACGUACGGUUUGGGUUUGGCGUGUCGCGGCGUCAGACAUCAGGCCUCUGGGGAGAUGUUUGCCUGUCUGUCCCGGGACCAACACGGAGCAGGCACCGCCAACAUCCACGCCGGUUCUGCGUUACUCGCCUCCGGGGGCAUAUGCAUGCUGGGAGAUCUUGGCCUUUACAAAAAGGACAAGCUGGAUCACAUACAGUCAGUUCUGGAGAGCCGCUCUGUGUCUGUGUUCAUCCCUGGGAAGAAGUACGGCGAGGAGGCCGACCAGCAGCUUUCCUUCCCAGUCCAGUGCAGCUUCUGGGGCCUCGCAGACUCGUCUCAGCGGUCUGGCAGGACGGACUCUGCUGUGCUGGGAACUGCAGAAAUGGGUCCCGUGCAGGCACAGCUUGCUGAAACCUUUGGCCUCGUCAUUCAGUGUGGAGACAGGGUGGGAGAGCAGGGCGUUCUCGCCCAGGCUGUCCACACCCUCCAGCAGGCCGUGCAGCCUGGAAGUCAACGCCAUCCAUCUUCCUGGGACUUUUCCCAAGAAGAUUACCAGAAGCUGGUGGCUCAUUGUCGGGGUUUGCAAGCGGAGCUCAGCCAUGAAGCAAAGAAACUGAUCCACGGUUACUACAUGGCGAGCCGUCGGGCUCGGACGCAGAGUCAGGGAGUCAAGAUUUCCUUGGCCUCCAUCAAACUGCUGAUCUCUUUGGCCGAGGCCCACUGCAGGCUGUGCCUCAGGACUAAGGUGCUGGAGGAAGAUGCAGUGAUCGCUGUGCUCCUGUGUGAGAACUCUGUCACUCUCAAGCAUGGGGCGUCUGCCCUCGUCGUUCCACCCGACGCCGUCUUUCCUUGCGACCUGGGAGAUGCGGAUGGUCUACAAAGGAGAGACGCCGUCCUGGACGAGCUCCACCAGAGCAUCUUACGCUUCGUCUACACAUUCGCUCCGGGAGCAGAUGCGUACAUUACGGAGGAGUAACGCCUCGACAUAAUCCGUAAGUGUCCGAGUCAAAUGGGCGAUGUAGGUGGUGGCUAGUAUCAACACGUCGAGUUUGGACAGCUUGGUGUCCGGCGGCACCGACGGUAAAGUCCUCUGGAGCUCCA